ACACACACUUAUAUUACACACCGUUCAGAGCAAGGAGUGUUCGCACCUCGCACCAGGGAUCAUUUCACCAUCAGCAACAAUACUAGAGCUUGUGUUUACAUCCCUCAGCAUGGCCCAGCUUUCAGAAAGGGAGUUUAUUGAUAAGCUUAGGUUCGAGAAAUAUGAUACUGAACAAGCAAAGGCAGAAGAAAGUUUAUAUCUCAUGGAGUGUAUAGUUGGCAGCGUUCAUUGGAAGACUGGAAGUGACCUACUAAACUUACUUCGCAAUGUGGGAACCUCGGUACAGGCCAAAAUGCCUUGGGAAACAACACCCUGUAACAUGGUGCAACGUGUCAUAAAAAUAGUAAUUGAUGAAUACAAUACACUACGUGGUGAGAACCAAGGUGUGGAGUACCCAAGCCUCUCACAGUCCAUGCUAGUAGACCCUGCAUGUGGAGAUCUCCCAAAAUGCACAGAGGUUAUUCCAGAGCUGCAGGACAGAGUACUUGAGGCCAUUGCUGAACAGAAAGCUGAGAUUGAACAAAGCCAAGAAUUGAUAGCUGCCCAAGGUGUAAGCAAGAUUCACAAUGAUGAGGUCAUUAUGACGUGUGGAAUGUGUCCACUGGUCUUGGCCUUCCUGACCAAGGCAGCCAAACAAAGGAAAUUCCACGUUAUUGUUGCUGAAUGUGCCCCUAAAUAUGAUGGUCACCCAAUGGCAAAAGCUUUAUGUACUGCUGGAAUUCAGACAACAUUAAUUCAAGACUCUGCAGUGUUCCCCAUCAUGUCACGUGUCAACAAGGUCAUCAUUGGCACCAAGACAGUGGUGAGCAACGGAGGCAUUAAGACCUUUGUUGGUGCAGCUUCUCUUGCCUCAGCAGCAAAGUUUUAUUCUGUUCCACUGUAUGUGUGCACUCCCACAUACAAAUUUAGCUUGAUGGGCUGUGAAGAAAUAAGCCACGAAAGCAGCACUUCUAUUAUCCCAAAGGGAACAAAGUUUUCGCCAUCUGUAAAUACUGCACUGACUAAGCUAGAUUACGUUCCUCCAGAAAAUGUCACCAGUUUCAUAACUAACAAUCGAGGUAUUGCACCAUCCUAUGUGUACCGGCAGCUUAGUGAACUGUACCAUCCCACUUCUUAUGAUCUCUAAGGUAACAGCUUUAAUCCUUGUAAAUAAGGAAUAAGAGAAAAGAGACACACCUGGCAUUUGUACUGUUAUGCUGUAGUGUUCUGUCAUUUUUUUCCUCUUUUAUCCUAGAACCAUUUUUGCUCAUUCAUGUUUAUAAAAAUUAUUAUACAAAAAUGUUGAGCUUAAUAUGUUUGGUGUAGUUUUUUGUAACAUGUGUUAUUGUUAAUGUGUGUGCUUCCCAUCAGGAAGAAUGUUGCAGUAUUAGCAGUAAUGUUACAGCUGAUGGAAGUGUCUAUAUUGUGCUUUGGUGGGAAGUUAAUUUUAUGUAUUUUUAGAGUUCUGCAGGAUAUAGCAAGCCCUCAAAAUAAAGAAAAUAACUAUGGAAAA